AUGAAGAAUCAGAGCAAGGACAACGGUGGCAGCAAGAGCAGCAAUGGAUUUGUUCCUUCUUCCUUUAAGUUCAUAUCGUCUUGCAUUAAGACCGCCUCCUCCGGCGUCCGUUCCGCCGGCGCCUCUGUCGCCGCCUCCAUCUCCGGCGAAGGACACGACCGCAAGGACCAGGUGCUUUGGGCUUGCUUUGACAGACUGGAACUGAGUCCGUCUUCGUUCAAGCAUGUCCUCUUACUUGGUUAUUCCAAUGGCUUUCAAGUUCUUGACGUGGAAGAUGCCUCUAGUGUCAGGGAACUUGUCUCGAAACGUGAUGAUCCAGUUUCAUUUUUACAGAUGCAGCCUGUCCCUGCAAAAUCAGAAGUUUGUGAAGGAUUUAGAGCAUCACACCCUUUACUCUUGGUUGUUGCAUGUGAUAAAUCAAAGAUCCCUGGUAAAUUGCUGAAUGUCAGAGAUGGCCAUAAUGAAGCUCAAGCGGAAAAUAUUGUCAGCUCAGCAACAGCAGUUCGGUUUUACUCAUUAAGGUCCCAUACCUAUGUUCAUGCUCUGAGAUUUCGGUCAACCGUCUACAUGGUUAGAUGCAGUCCUCGAAUAGUGGCUGUUGGUCUAGCUACUCAAAUAUAUUGUUUUGAUGCUCUUACUCUUGAGAAUAAGUUCAGUGUUCUCACUUACCCCGUACCUCAGUUGGGAGGACAAGGAAUGACUGGGGUUAAUGUUGGCUAUGGUCCUAUGGCUGUAGGACCCCGUUGGUUAGCUUAUGCCUCAAACAGCCCAUUGUUGUCAAACACUGGUCGCUUGAGUCCUCAGAGCCUUACUCCUCCUGCUGUCAGUCCAUCAACAUCACCCAGCAGUGGAAACCUGGUAGCUCGAUAUGCUAUGGAAUCUAGCAAGCAUUUGGCGGCAGGGCUGAUCAAUCUUAGCGAUAUGGGAUACAAAACAUUGUCUAAAUAUUAUCAAGAUCUAAUACCUGAUGGAUCUAGCUCUCCUGUAUCAUCAAGUUCAACCUGGAAAGCCAAUCGAUUUGCAUCAAAUUCUACAGAAACAGAUACAGCUGGGAUGGUUGUUGUCAAGGACUUUGUUUCUAGAGCUGUUGUGGCACAAUUUAGGGCUCAUACUAGUCCAAUUUCUGCGUUAUGUUUUGAUCCAAGUGGGACACUUUUAGUUACAGCCUCAAUUCAUGGCAACAACAUUAAUAUAUUUCGAAUUAUGCCAUCAUGCUCAAGGAAUGGAUCAGGUUCCCAAAGCAGUGAUUGGAUCUGUUCACAUGUGCACCUUUACAAGCUCCACCGUGGCAUGACUUCUGCUGUAAUACAAGAUAUUUGUUUUAGCCAUUACAGUCAUUGGGUUGCCAUCAUUUCCUCCAAGGGAACUUGUCAUAUUUUUGUUCUUGCACCUUUUGGUGGUGAGACAGUUCUUAAGAUGAACGAUCAAGACACAGAUGGGCCUGCUCUUUUGCCAAUUUUUCCUCUACCAUGGUGGUUCACUCCACAUUUCACAGUAAAUCAGCAGCAGUUGAGCCUGACACCCCCACCUCCUGUUGUCCUUUCGGUGGUUAGCAGAAUAAAGAAUAGUAAUGCUGGAUGGUUCAAUACAGUUAGUAAUGCUACAUCUUCAGUUGCAGGGAAAGUCCCAAUUCCAUCUGGUGCUGUUACUGCUGUCUUUCACAGUUCCAUACCUCAUGUUUCACAGAAUGCAUACUCAAAAAGUCAUGCUAUGGAGCACUUAUUAGUUUAUACCCCUUCUGGUCAUUUAAUUCAAUAUAAACUACUGCCACCACUGGUGGCAGAGUCAAGUGAAACUUCUUCAAGAACUGCCCCAAUUCCAUUAGCGCAGAUACAAGAAGAAGAUUUGCGACUGAAGGUUGAACCAGUUCAGUGGUGGGAUGUCUGUAGGAGAUAUGAUUGGCCAGAAAAAGAGAUGUGUGUAUUGGGGAAUACUGUUGGUGGACUGGAAGCUGCAGAAAUGAUCUUGGAUAGUUCAGAUUAUGAAGUUAAUAGCAUUGGGAGCAAUAAUUCUAUAAAACUUAAUAAACAAUGUCACUUCUCAAAUGCAGAGGUACAUAUAAGCUCUGGACGGAUACCAAUUUGGCAGGAGUCCGAGGUGUCUCUCUUUGUGAUGAGUCCUUUGGAAGCUGGAGAGCCAGAAUUAUAUGAACUUAGUACAAAAGGAGAAAUUGAAAUAGAGAAUAUUCCUGCUAAUGAGAUUGAAAUAAAACAGAAAGAUCUGUUGCCCAUCUUCGACCAUUUCCAUAGAAUUCAGUCUACUUGGGGUGACAGAGGUAUUGUUAUGGGGCGAUGCUCUAGCUCUUCGUCUGAUUCACAUGGAACUGAAGAGAAGUUGUUAGAAGAAACUGCAAUUUUCCAUUCGAAAUUGAUGGUACCUGGUCUAGCAGAAAAGACAUUUGUUGGUGCCUCUGCUGAUGCUAUAACUGCAAAGGUUAGAUCAUCAAAUCAUGAUAAAGCCAAUGAUAGUUUCAAUUCAAGUUCUAGUGGCUGUGAUUUGAAUAUGAAUGUUAUUUGUGAGGAGUCAAUACGUGACUCACCAGACUUUGAGCAAUUUUUUCAAGAAGGUUAUUGUAAAGCAUCAGUUGACUGUCAUGAAUCAACAGAAGUUAUAACUGAAGUGGAUUGUAGCAGUCCAUGUGGCAGGGAAAAAUCUGAUGAAGAUGGUGAUAAUGAUUACAUGCUUGGUGAUGUAUUUGACUUCUCUGAAGAAGGUAUGAAUCUGAAGCAGUUCAUUGCUUUGGAAGCAAAGCGAACAGGUGAAAGAGAAAGAGGGAGGGGAUCAAUGAUGUGUAAGAUUAUGCCAGCGGUCUUGUUGCCAACGUAUGUUAAGUUUAGUGGGAGUCCUAUUAGCAACUAUAUCAGCCGGGUAAGCAAUGUAAUCAAGGAUUGUAAUCAACCAGAAUUUUCACGAAAGUCAAAAUUCAAAAAUCAGCAAGUUAAGCCUGGUUUAGCAAGAAUUUACAGGGAAGUGUGA